AUGCGAGAGUUUGUCGGAGAAUAUGGAAAAGGUGUACGACAGGAAAACGUUCGUUCAAAAACGAAAGAGUUGACUGGCACACUUCCAUAUGCCCUCAGCAUGUGUUCCUCUGUCAUCACAGCCUCAUCGGAAGACUGCCACGACGUAACAACAGCCUGCCAAAUAGAGGAUGCUAAUGAAGUACUGCAGGCUAGAACUGUGUGGGUGCAAACUGUUUACCACAAUAAGGAUGUCGUUGCUGUGAGACAUAACCGCAGAAGAGAGAUUUCGCCAUUCUGGCUGGCUAUUCUCUCACAAGACGUUCAAUUAGAAGUAGAUGGAGGCAAUUCUUUACGAAAGAAAGUGCAAUUUCAGUGGCUGAACCCGACAAGUGACCCUCUUACGUACACUCCCGGCGAUGUCUGUGAUCGGAACUCACCCAACUGCAUUCUAACCCGAGUUUUGGGAUUCACUGCCAAGGUUUCAAGCAUCACUCUAACGUCUGAGGAGGACAAUAGGCUCUCCAGGCUUGCUAAUGGCGAUCUUGAUGACGAAGAUGUUGGAGAUGAUGAGGAU